CUACUCGACAUCCUUACGAUGCUUACAUCUUCAUUGCUGGUUGCUAUUGCAGCCUUCGCUUCAUCCGCUCAAGCUUGGCUCCCUAGCGAUGGCUCUGCUGCUGCCGUUGACAAACGCAGCCUCGGACUAUUCCCUCCCCCAGGACAGGAAGGCGUUGACAAACGAUGGCUCCCAGGUUCCGGGAAGAUCCGCGGUGUGAACCUGGGUUCCCUCUUCGUCUUUGAGCCCUGGAUCUCUUCGUCGGAGUGGGCUGCCAUAGGAUGUGCAAACCAGAACUCCGAGUUUGACUGUGUCAUGAACAACGGCCAGGAUACCGCCGACACCAAUUUUCAGGCUCACUGGAGGAGGUUCAUUAAUGAGUCGGAUCUGAACGACAUGGUCAACUAUGGCCUCAACACCAUUCGAAUUCCCCUGGGAUACUGGCUCAAGGAGUCGCUAGUGGACAGCUCUGAACAUUUCCCCAAGGGUGGAUUAGACUACCUGACUGAGUUCGUUGGUUGGGCCAGUGACAGGGGCUUCUACAUCAUCCUCGAUCUUCAUGGUGCCCCGGGUGCUCAACAAACGAGGCAGCCAUUCACUGGUCAGUACGCUGACACAGUUGGCUUCUACAACGACUACAACUACGGCCGCGCCAUCGAGUGGCUAGAGUGGAUUGUCAACAUUGUCCACACUACCAACGAAUACCGAAAUGUCGGCAUGAUCGAGCUCGUCAACGAGCCGCUCAACUGGGACAACGCCGUUGAUACGCUGCGUUCUUCGUACUACCCCGAUGCCUACAAGGCCAUCCGCACCGUCGAAGACAACCUCAAUGUCAAGUCCAACGAUCGCCUCCACAUUCAGAUGAUGAGCUCCCUCUGGGGCAGUGGCAACCCCGUGGAGCACCUCGACGACACUAGCUUCACUGCCUUCGAUGACCACCGCUACCUCAAGUGGGACACGGCCGUUGAGGUCUCCCACGAUUCGUACAUCUCGACCUCCUGCAGCGACGACCGUAACUCUAAUGGCCCCUCGAUUGUCGGCGAGUGGAGUCUCGCUGUCCCCGAUAAUGUGGAGGGUACCGAUGAGUGGAGCCCGUCCACCCAGAAGGACUUCUACUCCAAGUGGUUCGCUGCCCAGGUUCAUGCGUAUGAGUCGACAACUCUCGGCUGGGUCUUCUGGACCUGGAAGACUAACUUGGGCGACGACUAUCGAUGGUCCUACAAAGCUGCCGUUGAGGCAGGCGUCAUCCCGACCGACUUGAGCAACAUGUCCAACCCCUGUUAAACCGGCAACCUACCAAAACGGGUUUGAAUUAUCAGAAGUAUAUGCUGCCUUGACGGUGAUCUGAGAUAGCUGCUUCGUGUUUCAAACUCUUCUCUUCAAACUUGCAUUAUUAUUGAUUAAUCCUCGAAGCAAGCUGCCUCAGGGUGAAUAUGACGGCUCUUAUCUUUGUGAGAAGUGUAAAUUCCGGACAGAUCUGGGGAUGUACGAGUUUAGAAUUCCGGUGGGAUAGGCCAAGGAUAGCUUAGAAAAUUACACUGGGGCACCUGAUGUACAACAACCGUAGUACUGUAUAGCCG